AUGAAUGUGGGAAAACGUUUUUCCCACAAACCAGAUCUUACACGUCAUAUGAGAAUCCAUACCGGAGAGAACCAUUCGUGUGCAAAGAAUGUGGGGAAAGCAUUUUCCAAUAAGUCAAUUCUUACACUUCAUAUGAGAUUGCAUACUGGAGAGAAGCCAUAUAUGUGCAAAGAAUGUGGGAAAGCAUUUUCCCAGAAACGAGAUCUUACACAUCAUAUGAGAUUGCAUACUGGAGAGAAUCAUCCAUUCAUAUGCAAGGAAUGUGGGAAAGGAUUUGCCUACAAACAUCAUCUUACAACUCAUAUGAGAAUCCAUACUGGAGAGAAGCCAUUCAUGUGCAAAGAAUGUGGGAAAACGUUUUCCCACAAACCAGAUCUUACACGUCAUAUGAGAAUCCAUACCGGAGAGAAGCCAUUCGUGUGCAAAGAAUGUGGGAAAGCAUUUUCCAAUAAGUCAAUUCUUACACUUCAUAUGAGAUUGCAUACUGGAGCAGAAGCCAUAUAUGUGCAAAGAAUGUGGGAAAGCAUUUUCUCAGAAACCAAAUCUUACACGUCAUAUGAGAUUGCAUACCGGAGAGAAGAAAGCCAGAUAGCGUGCAAGGAAUGUGGAAAGCAUUUUCACAGAAAUCAAGUCUUACACAUCAUAUGA